GUAUCUGCACAAGCUUGCCAAGCAUUUUCAGCAGGUGGUUGCCUAUGACCUGAGCCCCAAGCUCGUGGCGCUGGCACAGAAGGAGGUGAAGAACCUCCACAUCACAAACGUGCAGGUCUCCGUGCGGGAUUUGUCGCAGGUUUGGUACCGGCUAGAGCCCAUCUCACAGUUCGGCCACCUCAACGAAAUGGAGUCCUACAACUUCGCCGUCCUAACCAACGUCCUCAUUGCCCCUGGCGACCCAAACCUGCACCAGCGGAUGCUGCUGAACGCCUACCGCUCUGUUUGUCCUGGUGGCCGCGUGCUUUGCAUCGUUCCGGCUUGGGAGAGCGCCCUGUACGUUAACAUGCGCUGCGACGAGGAGAAGUUCGAAGGCCCCUAUUCCGUGGGCGUGGGGGGCCAGAAACCCACGAGGACAGAGGGCGCCGAUGUCCUGAAGGGCAUUCUCAGAAGGUCUGGUGUUCGGACGAAGCACUACCUGGAGCCUGAGUUCCGGCACCUGGCCGCGAAGGUCGGGCUUCAGGUUGAGAUGUGCGAGCGCGUGGAGUACAGCUGGAGAUCGGAGCUGGGUCUGUCUUCCGACUGCCAGGUGCCUCCGAGACUGCAAGACUCGCCGCUGCCCUGGGACUGGCUCUUCCUCCUCCAACGCCCAGGCUCCGAGGAGACGAAAAGACAGGGAUCGAACCCGGCCCUGAUCCAGUCUGACUCAGAGACUCGGCUUCCAACGCUCUUCCAAAACAAG